CCCAUAUAUGCUCUUCCAGUAUUGCUCCGUGUGUGGGGUGAUGAUAUCUCCCCUCUGACCUGUCGUCCUGGCUCCCCCUUGAGAGCAGUCCCUUCUUCCGAAUGUUGAAAAACUGAGCUACUAGCUGUUUCGCCAUCAGUGUGGAUGCUGGGUAUCGAAGAUUCCAUAGGUCCCUCAUCCUAUUCAUGUAGGAUGGCCUCAACUGGCCUUCCCAGCCGUUCUAAUCCAGAGGGGAGUCACUAUGAAUCAAAGUUAAAUAACUGUAAUGGAUCCACAGGUCAGGGAGGAAAAGAUCCACCAGAAAGAGGAGACAAUGUUAAAUCCUCAUUAAAAGGAAAAUGCCAUUUGAAAUCCAAGUAAGUGUUAACACUGGAGUGUGAGCAGUUGAGGAAGGUAAUCCAGGUUGGGUUGACGGAUGAAGCAGCUUGCUUGUAUGAGGAUGAGGACUGAAGACUGGAGGUUCUUCAGCAGGAGGAAUCAGACUCAAGGUGGGCGUCCAGCUGGCCACGACCUCAGCAUUUUAAACCUUUUCUUGCAGUUCCUUGGUUAGAGGUUGGCAUGAUUGUGGCCUUUUGUAACACACACACACACACGCAGGCACGCACGCAGGCACACAAAGAACAAUGAAUGUGUUUACGGUUAAUCAAAACCACAGUCUCUAACUUUAACUGGAGUAAUUUUGUAACUGACUCCAAUCCAACCUGGAAAUAUGGUGUAUGUAAACAUAACACACCUAUAUUACACAUUAUUGUGUGGAAAACCUGAGUAUGACUAUGCAAACGCACUUUUAAUUUUUUGUGUGCAGUAAAUGAUUUGAAUAAACUGAACUGAUGCACAUCAGACAUGUGCAGUUGUCUUAUGAGUUGCCUUGUGAUUCCUCUGCAGCCUGAAUCAUAAGACCUUGAUAUUUGCAACUUGGCCUACAAAUUUGAGUGUAUGUGAUACUAAGAUUAAGUGCAUGCAAUGUAAUGUAUUUGUAAAACACUGAGUGGUUUGUUUGAGCGUUUUAUCAGAUAUAUUAAGUCCCUGAAACUUCCUGUUGUCUCAUGGUACAGAAAAACCCAAUCUAUUAACCACCUUUGGGGUUGUUGAUCGUUUUUCCAGUUUCUAAGAAAUGGUUUGAAUAUGCAGAUGAGAACAUGACUUAAAGCAGGGUGAUCGGACCGUUCAUUCAGACAUCUUCUGAAACAUCAGGAUUCAUCAGGUCUACAGUGAAGUCAGCAUGAAGACUCUCAGCCUGACAGUGGGACUGCUGCUCGUGCUGUUCACCGUUUACCACAGCGAUGCCUCUAAGACAGUGAUUUCACCUGACCUUUGCUGUUUUCACUUCUUUGACAAACGGAUCCCAAAGGCGCACAUCGUCUCCAUCGUGAAAACUCACAGUCAGUGCUCCACACCAGCAUUUGUAAUCAAGACACCCAGAAGGCUUUUCUGUGUGAAACAGACUGCAGAGUGGGCAAUGGAACAAUUUGUCAAACAAGAGAGAGAGUACGUUCCCCCUGUACCUCAAAAGACGACCCACUCUCUGGUCUACAUGAAGCAGUUCUCCUCAGCUGGCCUUCCCAGCUGUCCUAAUCCAGAGUGGAGUCACCAUGAAUGAAAGUUAAAUAAUAAUAAAGGAUCCACAGUGACUGAAGAACAUCAAGACAAAGUCAUGCUUGUUUGUUGUGUCUGCUAGAAGUGAGAGAAUUACAGAUGCAGCUGAAUACAGGAAGGCCACUGAUAACAGUCUAAACCAUACGGUAGUUACACAUUACACACAGAGAAAUUAAAAUUUUAAAUAUUUAUUUUCUCAUCAUUGGUAAGUGACAGCAGCUUUACUAUUUGUCUUUAUUGCUCUUUAAUUAUGAAAAACUCUGAAAUCAUCCAGAAAUGCUGCAAAUAUUUGACUUAUUAAAAUAUCAUGUGUUUUCUGAGACUUUAAAAAGAAGUGCACACAUUGGGAGUUAUAGCAAACUUUUCAACUGUAAUAUUAACCACAGGCCACAGAGCAGCUUCCAGUAUGUAAGCAAUAUAUAUGCAUUACCAUCAUAAACAAAUCCAUAUGGGUAAUAUGUCAUAUCCUGAAGAUGUAAGCUUUGUGUCUUUUGCUGUAAAUGCAGUCUGAAAAACAUCUAAGAAAACUACGAGGGAAUUAAAGAGUCUUUCUUCAGGUGUA